CCAAAAAAAAAAAGAAAUGUUGGAUUUUGCUAAAUUCGUUGGGAUUAAUGCAAGUCCUCGGGUUAUGAGUUCAAUGGAGCAUCAACUUUGGUGGAGGAUCCUCUAUGAUGAGCACUUCUACAGGUGAUUUCUAUGUUAAGAAAUUCCUAUCUUACCACUGGAGGUCCAUUAGCUCAAGGCGGGCCCCAAUAUUCAAUAAUCUGAGCUCAAUGGGGAAACUUCUAGCAGAUGCACUAGGAUAUUAUCACUUUGACAAUGAUAGUUUGGUUGAGGAAGCUUGCGGUGGUGAGUCUGCUGCCAAGUCUUUAAAAGAGCAAGAUGAGGAGGAAUUUCGUGACUCUGAGACUGAAGUAUUGAAGCAGUUAUCAUCCAGGGGUCAGUUGGCGGUUUGUGCUGGAAAUGGUUCAGUUCAUAGCUCAAUUAAUCUGGCACUUCUGAGACAUGGAAUUUCAAUAUGGAUUGAUGUACCGAUAGAAAUGGUUGCCAAGAACGUGAUAGAAGAAGGGGUUCAAAUUCCUGUAACAGAAUUAUCUACUGCAGAAUCUUAUUCUGAGACGGGUGGUAACCAGGUGUUAGCUCAGCUAGUUAUGGUGUAUGAAGAAAGGAAAGGUGGAUAUGCAACAGCAGAUGCAUCAGUUUCACUCCAAAAAGUAGCUUCCCAAUUAAGUUACGAUGACUUGGAUGCAGUAACCACUGAAGACAUGACUAUGGAGGUUCUUAAAGAGAUACAAAGACUGGCCAGACUAAAGAAGAUGAAAAGAGACCUUUGUUUUCUGCAAGCAUUACGUCCACUCUGGCACCCACUUCUAGCAUGGCAUGCAUGGCCACCUUUGAUCCAAGUGUCAUUCCCCAUUUUUCCAUCUUUAACUUUUUAAAAUAAUUUUCCAAGUCCUUUUCUUCAAAUAAAUUUCCGGGUUUUAGUCUUUAAAUAAUUCCAACUCCAUGUUUUU